AUGGCGAGACGAAUGUCCAUGUAUUCGAUGGCCUCCGAGGCUAUGGGCGGUCCUCAAGCUCCCCAGCAGAUGUCUACCACGACUCUCCUGAAUGCCAUCCACAACAUCUACCUGUCUUCUCAACCUUAUCAGAUCGAUGCCGGUACUAGUCUGGUUGUCAACACAUGGCUCACAGCUGCUCAGGCUGGUGCUACUGUUGAUGCUACCCUCGCUGCUCGAGCCUGGGAGCAUGCUAGGCGUCGUGCUGAAGAUGGAUGUGUUGUUUUAGGUUCACUCCACCAGGCAACUCCCUCGCUUCUCGUGCCGUUCCUGAACACUUUCCCGUUCGCCAUUCCCGCAUCCAUUUACAAGUCAUUGGAGGCUGUACAACCGUUUCUCCGAUGUGUCACUCCAUACAACGCUUCGGCCCCUCGACAGAUCGCACUCGGCGUUACACUGACAUUGAGUUUGGGAGGAAGUGUCACAGGAGCCUCUCUGGCCUUGUCUCAAGGUGGAAUCGAUACUGAGAAUGGAUUGCUCAACGUUCCUGCCGAGGCUGGAUACCGUGCUUUUGACGUUUUCUACUAUUUGCUCACAUCCGCCUCGACACCCGCGGAGCGAGAGUUUCUAGGCCUCAAGGCGCCUUCAGCGUAUGCUCUCCUUGCUCGCUCGGGUACUUACGAGCCUCCUUCUUACCUCAUCACCGCCGAUGAUGGUGCCGCUGCCGACGACUUUCGCCAGGCACUCAAGGAGAUUGGUAUCAAGGGAUCUGUCCACCGUAACUUCAUCUCUACCUUGGCUGGACUUCUCAAGCUUGGCAACACUCUCGACUACGAUGCCGAUUCCGACGAUUUCGAGGAGAUCUGCGAAGAUGUCAGCGGUCUUCUUGGUAUGGAGCCCGAGGUUCUCAUGCAACAGUUGAGCACUGAGGAUCGACGAACACUUGUUGCUGGCUUGUAUGAGGCUCUCGUUGACUGGGUCAUUUCCAAGGCCAACGCUGCCAUUGCCGCUCAGAUGCUCCGUAUCCGAGAUGGCGAUGAGUCUGUUGAUGGUCGUGGCGUCCGCACUCCAAACGAAAACGAGGAUGGUGACACCGUUUCCAUCACUGUUGUUGAAGUCCCCGAACCCGCUCUCGGCAGGGCUUUGGCCAUGCGAACCAUUUUCGACGACACUUUGGGCAUUAACGCUGAGAUGAUUGAGGAUGGUGUCGAGAUCCACCCUGCUUCAUCUUCUGUUGUUCGGGAGAUGCAGCAGGCCGUUGCCGAUGUCGCGCCCGAUCUGGGCAUUAUGACUGGUCCCCAGGGCCGAGACCGCCAGCAUGAUAUUGAGAAGCGAGAAGUCAUUUUAGAGAAGGCUGCCUACGCUUCUGAGGAAGACAGCUUCCUGAAGAAGUUGUUGUUCCCUGUUGAGGGUCAAGGCAUCAACUUGGGCCGAACUGGUCGUUUCGAUCUACCAGGUCUCCUGAGCUCUAGCCGUGCCUGGUUUCAUCUCGCUCUGCAUCCCACAGACGAUUCUCCUGCUAACUUGGCUACCCUUCCUGCUAUCACCUCUGCGUGGUCAGCUGGUACCAUUUCCCGACAGCUCCGUUCUUGGCGUCUUCCUGAAUGGGCCAACCGUCGUAACAGAAGUCUCGACUACACAGCUGAUUUUGAUGUAGACGAGUUCGUUGGUCGUUACGGCGCACUAGGCUGUAAGGAUGGCAAGGACGGUAUCGAGACUUGGAUGCUCGAGAGAGGCUGGAGCAACGGCGAAGUCUUUAUUGGCAAGGAGCGAAUCUGGGUCCGCGAGGGUCCUUGGUGGGAGGCAGAGAGCAUGCUCGACAUCAAGCCUGCUCACAGUCUUCAAAGCAUAGGUCAAAAUCCGUUCACAUCCGGUUUUGACACAAGCUACUCAGCCAACCCACCCAAUGGCAGCGGCUUCUUCCCUGCUCCCGCUAUGGACAACAGCAUGAAUGGCAGCAAUGACCAGCUCAUGCAUACCCGUAAUUUCAGCCAGGGCAACAUGAGCCAAGCCACUUUCAACCAACACCCUCACUUGAACCCUCAAUCAGCACCUUCGAUUGCCCCAUCUGCUAUGCGCAAUGCUCAGCCCGCUACCGGUGACUACGGUCUCGGUAACAAGGGCGACACCUACAAGGGACAGGUAUUCUAUAACGAUGAUGGAGACUUCACUGGUAAGCUUGAUGGAGACCUUGCCAAGGACAAGAAGAUCGAAACCAAGCCCCUGACCUUUGGCCGACGAGCUUGGGUUGCUUUUGUUUGGGCCUUGACUUUCUGGAUUCCUUCACCUCUUCUCAAGUUUGUUGGACGCAUGCGACGACCUGAUGUCCGUAUGGCUUGGCGUGAAAAGCUCGUCUUGUUCUUCAUUAUCCUCCUUCUUAACGGCUUGAUUAUCUUUUGGAUUAUCGGUUUCGGAAAGCUUUUGUGUCCCAACGCCAACAAGGCAUGGAACGUUAAGGAGGUUGCUGGCCAUGCAGAAGAUGAGGAUGCUUUCUGGGUUGCUAUUUUUGGCAAGGUUUACGAUAUCACCGACUUCUGGCGACAACAGCACAGUGAUACCAGCAUUAAGACCACCAAGACGAACAUGUUGCCCCUCGCUGGUAUGGUUAUGGAUAACUACUUCAUGCCUCCCCUGAACAGAGCUUGCAGAGGCCUCGGCAUCAAGGAGACUGUUCAACUCACCUUCAACGAGACUAUAACGAACCCUCUUGCACAGCAUGUUUCUGGUUUCUACACUCGCGACCGUACCAGUGCUCUUCACAACGCUGACUGGUUCUGGACGACUUUCCAGCCCAAGAUCAAGGAAUACUACCAUGGUGAUCUCGUUUGGAAAGAAGGCACCGUUAAGAGCCAGGGCUCAGGUAGCGAGCAGCAUCCAUGGGUCAUGUACGGUAAUCAGAUCUACGAUCUUACGGAUUAUCUGCACACCCUAGAUGUCAACGACAACUUCGAUACCUACAAGUUCUUGAACGAGGACAUGGUCAACUUAUGGAAGAACAGCCCCGGUACCAACAUCAAGAAGGAUCUUGACCUUCUCAUUUCCAACGCAAAGAAUGAGACUGUGGCCGCCAACCUUAAGAACAGUUGGCAGUGCAUUCAAAACAUUGCGUACAAGGGUAUCGUCGAUUUCCGUGACUCACCCCGCUGCCGUGUCAACAACUGGCUCCUUUUGGCCUUCGCCAUUAUCAUCUGUAUCGUCACCGCUGUCAAGUUCCUUGCUGCUCUACAGUUUGGUUCCAAGCGACGUCCUUCGCCCCAGGAUAAGUUUGUCAUCUGCCAGGUGCCCGUCUACACUGAGGGUGAAGAUUCUCUUCGAAAGGCAUUGGACUCGUUGACGGCUCUUCAGUACGACAACAAGCGCAAACUUAUCUGUGUCAUCUGUGAUGGUGUCGUCGUCGGUGAAGGCAACGAUCGUCCUACACCCAAGAUUGUUCUCGACAUUCUCGGUGUUGAUCCCAAGGUUGAUCCUCCUGCGCUUCCCUUCAAGUCUGUUGGCAACAGUGCCGAGCAGCUCAACUACGGUAAAGUUUACUCUGGUCUGUACGAGUUUGAGGGCAACGUUGUUCCAUAUAUCGUUGUCGUCAAGGUUGGCAAGGAGUCUGAACAGACCAAGUCUAAGCCUGGUAACCGUGGAAAACGUGACUCUCAGAUUCUCCUUAUGAGCUUCCUGAACCGUGUCCAUCAUCGCGCUCCCAUGUCUCCUCUCGAGCUUGAGAUGUUCCAUCAGGUCAACAACAUUAUUGGUGUGGACCCCGAAUUGUACGAGUACCUUCUUAUGAUUGAUGCCGAUACCUGCGUUGAGGAAGACGCCUUGAACCGUCUUGUUGCCGCCUGUGCCCACGACGCAAAGAUUGCUGGUAUUUGUGGUGAAACCGCCCUGGAGAACGAUGAAAAGACUUGGUGGACAAUGAUCCAAGUUUACGAGUACUUCAUUUCUCAUCAUCUUGCCAAGGCCUUUGAGUCUCUCUUCGGCAGUCUAACUCGUCCCAGUUUCACCAUGUACCGUCUUCGAAGUGUUGACAAGGGCAAGCCCCUGAUUAUCUCUGAUGGUGUCAUUAAGGAUUACAGUGUUUGCGACGUCGACACCCUCCACAAGAAGAACCUUCUGUCUCUUGGUGAGGAUCGUUAUCUCACCACCCUGAUGACCAAGUACUUCCCCGAGAUGUCCUACAAGUUUAUCCCUGAUGCUCAGUGUAAGACUGCUGCCCCUGAAUCUUGGAGUGUUUUGUUGUCUCAACGUCGACGAUGGAUCAACUCGACCAUCCACAACCUGGUUGAACUUAUGCAACUCAAGGAGCUCUGUGGUUUCUGCUGUUUCAGUAUGCGCUUCGUUGUGUUUAUUGAUCUUACCGGUACCAUCAUUCUCCCUUCAACCACCGUCUACAUUGGUUACCUCAUCUACGUCUUGGCUACCGGCACUGGACCCAUUCCGUACAUUUCUCUUGCUAUGAUUGGUGCCGUUUACGGUCAUCAGGCUCUCAUCUUUAUUCUCAAGAGACAGUGGCAACACAUCGGAUGGAUGAUUAUCUACAUCCUUGCUUUCCCUAUCUACUCCUUCAUUCUUCCCCUCUACUCCUUCUGGAACCAGGACAACUUCUCGUGGGGUAACACUCGUAUCGUCAUUGGAGAGAAGGGUGACAAGCAGGUCGUUGCUGUUGACGAUGAGGGCUUCGAUCCUCAGUUUGCUGGCGAAAGGUAG